GUUUGCUUCCGGGCGAGGUGAGAGGCAUCGGAGAUGAGCUCGCAGAGAGGGAACGUGUCUCGGACGCGAGCUCAACGGCACCGGAACGCUCAAGCCUUCCGGAAUGAUAAGUACGACUCCAGCGCCCAACGCAAGAAAAUCAAUGCAAAACUCCAUGAAGGGCUCUGUCAACACUGUAAGGAGGUCCUGGAAUGGCGGAUAAAAUUCAACAAAUAUAAGCCAUUAACACAAGCUAAAAAAUGCAUAAAAUGUCUGCAAAAGACAGUAAAGGAUUCUUACCAUAUUAUCUGCAAGUCAUGUGCCUGCGAACUAGAGCUGUGUGCUAAGUGUGGAAAGAAGGAAGACAUCACAAUUCCAAUUCAGACAAAUCUACAGCAUACUGAGCAUCAAAGACAGCAGAACAGAAAGGACAUAUUUGAGAGAGAUGAUGAAACAAACUUAAGUGGCUUGGAAGAUGAAGAUCUGGAUUUACUCAACAAAACAGAUUAAAAACUUAAACUGAAACUAUGGGGAUCUAAAUGAUUUCAUCAAAACAAAGCUUUUAGGCUUCAUUUCAUUUCUUCCUAAAUAAUUUAUUGGGCAUUUUUGUUAUGUGUGGAGUUCAUGGCAUCUGGAAACAGUUUUCACAAACCUUAUGAUUCCAUUUUCUUCAAGAAUCAGAUUUGCUUAAACGUUCUGUUGGUAGGAUGACUUUUUUUUUCAUUUAAUAAAUAGCAACAAGCAUGGUAUCCUA